AUGAGCAGCCCGCGGUCGCUGCUGCCCGGCUGCUGGCUGCCCUCCCUGCUGCUGCCGGCGCUGCUGGGCCCGCGCCCGGCCGCCGGCCUGGCCCUGCCGCCGGUGCGCUGCGCGCCGUGCAGCCCGGAGACGCUCGCCCUCUGCCCGCCUCUCGCCCCCGGCUGCCCGGAGGCGGCCCGGCAGCCCGGCUGCGGCUGCUGCCAGACCUGCGCCCUGGGGCCGGGACAGCCCUGCGGGGUCUACACGGCUCGCUGCCGGCAGGGCCUCCGCUGCCACGUCCCCGCGGGAGAGCCUCGGCCCCUCUCCGCCCUCAUCCGGGGGCAAGGGACGUGCCUGCCCGCCAGCGAGGCCGGGGCGACGGCGGAGCCGGCAGACUCUAUUGAACCUGAAGAUAUGCCCUUGGAGAGCACUGAGUUAACCCAGGAUCAGCUGCUGAACUACCAGUUGAUGUUCCCCAUUGGCCAGGACAAAUCCAUCCCCUGGAAUGCCAUCACAGCCUAUGAGAACAUGAAAGCAAAGAGACUAUCGGAACUCAAGAAAUGGAAAGAGCAGGGACCUUGUCAGAAGGAGCUCUACAGAGCCCUGUAUAAAUUGGCGAAGGCUCAGCAGAGGAGCGGCGGGGAGAUGUACAAAUUCUACUUGCCCAACUGCAGCAGGAAUGGCUUUUACCACAGCAAACAGUGUGAAACGUCACUGGAUGGGGAGUCUGCUGGAUGCUGGUGUGUCUAUCCAAAAAACGGGAGAAGAAUUCCUGGGUCUCCAGAAACGAAAGGAGACCCUGAAUGCCAACAGUAUCUCAGCUCACAAGAAUAAACCCAAAUGCAUUCAUUCACACCCAAAUUUUCUGUGGGGCCUGAGACAGUCGGGAGACGUUUCAGUCGGGAGCCCUUUCGGCGCAGUGCUUUCGUGCACCUGAUUUUCAGCGUCUGAGUACCCCAUAAAGCCCUUUUUUGCUGCUCUGGGAUUGCUCAGGCGCUGGAGUGACAGAUGGGAGCAACUGCAAGAUCAAGUCCUGCAGUCCUGUAUAUUUUGUCUGUAUGAUAUUAUAGCUACCCCUGUAUGUAAAGCUGUUGAAUUAUUUAUUUCACAGUAAGUGUAUUUGUGU